AACCAAGAUAGGAUAAUGAGAUGUCGAAUAGUAAAAACAUAAUACCCCAGGGGGGUAGGACAAAUCGUCCAGAAUCCCCCUCCGUGCAUACGGACUGCCCCGCGGAUUCUGGGGGGGGCAACAAUUCGUCGAAAUCGGGGGACGACCAGCCCGAAUCUGGCCGCGUGGAAGUAGAAAGAAUUCUUUCUGAACAGCCACUUGAUCUGGAAUGGACAACGAAGAUAAAUAAGGAACAGGAUCAAAGCAUUGAAGACUUAUUUAGCGACCCUUUUAAAAGAAGAGACUCGAUAAGUAGAUCACCACUAAGGACAAAGAAUCCGGAUGGAGGACACUGGCUUACGCCAGCAUCAACUAUUGUAGCAGGUCCAACUGAAGAUAUGGACGAGGCAGAAAAAAAUAAUUUGAAUGGAACACCAGAACAAAGAAACGAGAAGAAACGGAAACUAGAUAUUAAAGCUGCUGAGACAGGAGUCGUAAGCGAAAUAGUAAAAAGCUCAGGGGAUGAAAUUAAAAAAGAGAGUGAUAAGAAGAAAACUACGCUUCGAUACGACAGCCGAGACCUGGAGUUUCUGCUAAAAAAAAUUAACAAAAUUAACGAGACUCUGCAAGUAUUGGUGAAAGAAAAUCCAUACACUAAAAUGGAAAUAAAACAGAAUGUAAAAGAAAUGGAAGGACUUGUUAGGGGUUUAAAUACAUGGAAAAGAGAAAUUUACCAAGCCGAGAAGGAAAACCAAAAAAUAAUUGCCAAAACAACGUGUAACUCAAUAGGAGUUCAGGCAGACUUUACUGAAAUACAAGAGGAGGAAGUUAUUGGGGAAAUAAGAAAUAAACUGGAAAAUGUACAAAACGAGGAAGAUCUACAUCUAGUUACAAACCUAAACUGGCCAGAAAACGCUUACCAUAAAACAAAUAUGGAAAUAGGGAACCCGCUAACAAGCGGACACCAAGGAGAUCUUGCAAUCUAUACAGAAGAUACAAACAUGAGUCAGGGACCACCAAAAAGAUUCCGAGAACGCUACCCAGAACUAGGGGAAAUAGUACCACCAGAAGGAGGAGUAGACACAAUCGUAGUAACAAUAAGACGACCAAACGCAAAAUCAAGUACCAUAAAAGAAAAAUACCUAUAUAAGAUGGUACCAAUCUUGGAAGGUGGGAGUGAAGACAAAUAUAUACGAUUCCUUACCACAGUGGAGGAAAUGAUUGACAAGGCGAUCAAAGAUGGAAGGAUGCAAAUAGCUAUGCCGAUACCGGAAAACCAAGAUGUGACAAUUACAAGGAAAUUAGUAGAAUAUGCUCUGUGCGGAAAGCAACUCGUCCUGACAUUAUACACAAAUAACCCGACUGGAAGUAAAGAAAACUCGAAAAAUAAAGACGAAAAAGAAAAAGAUGGAGUCAUAUUUAUCAAAACAGAAGGCCAAGACUACGCAGCUAUGGUAAAGCGACUGAAAGAGAACAUAGAUAUAGGAAAAUUGGGCAUAAAAAUAAAUACAAUAAAGAAAACAGAGAAAGGGGAUAUAAUCCUAACAACUGAAGGAGGAGAAAAAAAAGCUCGAUCACUGGAGGAGGAAAUAAAAAAUAAAGUGGAGGGAUGUAAGGUAAAAAUAAAAAAAAAUGAAACUAUCCAGUUGUACAUAUUAGGCAUGGACAUAACAACCACAGAAAUCGAUAUUAAAGAAGCGGUCAAGCAGGAGACGGCAACGGAAUUGGAGGAUAUAGAAAUAAAAACGUUAAGAGAAGGUAGGUCACGGACCCAAUCAGCACUAAUUGAAUUGCCAAGACGAAAUGGAUUGGAAAUAAUCAAAAGGAGAAGCAUCAGGAUAGGAUGGGCAAACUGUGACAUUAAAGAGAAAAUAUUUUUGAUCAGGUGUUUCAGAUGUCUGGAAUUCGGACAUAGAACAAAUAAAUGCACUUCCAGUAGUGACAGAAGCGACGAGUGCUUAAAAUGUGGCGAGAAAGAUCAUACAAGCAAAGACUGCAAAAAUGAACUAAAAUGUGUAAAGUGUAAGACCAUGGGUCAUAGAUCGGAUCAGCUGAAAUGCCCUUAUUACAAAAGGAUGAUUAACGACAUAAGAAAUGGGAGGAAGCUAACAGAAAGAAAAUUCACAGACAGAGGACAAGAGAAAGAAGUAGACGUUAGGCCAGGAGGAGUGGGCCUAGAUGAGGUUUUUAAGUAGAAG